AUGCACUCUCGCUCGCUGCCUCUUUUAGAAGACGAUGACCUUGUCCAUCGUGAUGCCAACAACUGUAUGUCCAAUGGAAGUGAUCUCAAUGCCCAGCCUGAUGAGGACAACCAUAUGGUGAAUGAGAAAGAAGAUGGUGACCUCGUCCAUCAUGAUGACAACACCUCUAUGGCCAAUGGAAGUGAUCUUGUUGCCCAGCCUGAUGAGCACAACCAGAUGCCACAAACAUAUUGUCUUGGCUAUCAUCCGAGCUUAGUUCCUUAUGUAGGUGUGCAAUUAGUAGAGGAGCAAUCUGAAAGGGGCAAAAACUUGGGGAAAGGCCUCAACAGGAUGAGUCGAGCUUGGAGGUCCAAAAUGCCACUCAUUAUUCAAGAGAGAAAGAUAAGGCCAAAGUUGCCUCUUCUUGCUGCAAAAUUUGCAACUGAACGCAACAUUGCUGUUAGAGACCAUGUGCCUGUGCUUCAAUGCUGGAAGGAUUACAAGAAUCAUCCUGGGAGUUAUAAUUUAUUUAGUAGCAAAGUAGCGAUAAAGUACCACAUGGACACUGAAGCUGCACCAGUUACGAAGGCUUGUACACAAAUGAUGAAGUCAGCAGUACGCCAGCAGCAAUACAGGCUCAAGAAGAAGUAUUUUGAUCCUUUCCCUCUCAAUUUGGUGACGAGAAUUUCUCCUGUCAAAUCAAUGACUGAUGACCAAUGGAAUGCCCUUGUGGAAAGUUGGAAGAAUCCCACAAAAAUGGAGAUCUCUCAAAAGAAUAAAGCGAACCAUGCUCAAGUUAAGUUCCAUCAAACAACUGGUUCGCGCAGCUAUCCUGUGCAUUGUGUUAAUUUGGGAGAAAAAUACAAAGAUGAAGAACCCAAUGCAUUGGAUUUGUUUAAGGAAUGCCAUUACAGCAACAAGAAGAAAGGGUACACAGACACCGUACAAUCUGCAGUUGUAAGUCAGGAAAAUAAAAGACAGUGCACUACGGAUGGACAACAACCUAUCUCCGUGACUAAUGUUGUACCUGACGUGCUCACUCAGCACACCAAGAAGCCUAAGUUUCUUCAGCAUGUGGGGAUCCAGCAUGUGCGUGAGAGAACUAGUGGUACCAACCUUGAAGCACAACUGGCAGCGGAGAAGAAAGGUAGUGCAGAGCUUCGGGAGAUUGUCAACACCUUGACUAAGAAGGUAGAGGAAUUAGAAGAAGCAAGCCGAAAUGGACGCUAA